AUGACAGAUCAGUGGGCCAUGCACUGGAACAAGAAGGGUGUCGAAGAGUAUAAAAAAGGCAAUUUUUCAGAAGCAUUAAGUUACUUCACAUACGCACUAAACAAGAACGCACUAGACGGGAACGAUACUUUUAAAGUAUACUACCAAAAUCGAGCUGUUGCAUUUUUAAUGCUACACAAUUACGAGAAAGUGGUUGAGGACUGCAACAGUGCGUUAAAGAUAUGUUGUAACAAAGCACUGUAUUGCAGAUGUCAAGCACUAGAAGCAUUAGAAAGAUUCGAGGAGGCAUAUCGGGAUGCAGAGAUUAUUAUUUCCUCUGAUCCCAAUAACAAAAGUUUUCAAUGCAUAGUGGAGCGCUUACAUAAAAUUGUACAAGAACGUAAGGAAAGAUCACAUAUUAGUGCCAAGGUAUCAAAAAGGCUGGAUCUAGCAUUUGACGAGAACGCAAAUGAGAAGGAACGUGAAAUCGCUAUGAAUAAAUUGCUUGUGCUCGCACGUGAGAGAUUUGGUGCCGAGGAGAUCUUCAAGAAGGAAGUCGUAUCGAAAAUCGCACAACUUGUGAAAGUGGAAAAGAACGAGGAAGUGAUCUGUAGCGCGAUUCGUAUUGUAGGCGAGUUAUGUAAAAACAAUAUUAGUCGAACCGAGUCCGUCAUGAAAUACGUCGGUUUGCUUUGGUGUCUGGAAAUGAUGAACAUUUGCAGAAAGAGUUAA